CCUUUUUCUCCUCUUGUGACAUUCCCUAUUCUUCUGUUUGCAAACCACAUUGUUCACCACAGAGUAUCCGUUACUGUUACACACUGUCCUAUAUUUGGCCUUGUAAGGCGGAGAAACUUGAUCAUAUAAUAAACAGUGGCUGUGAAUAUAAUUCCACAUCCUGGUUUUAAUGUAGAACAAGGAGGAGGAGAGCUUUAAACACCUACCAUUGAAGGCGUGGUAUUCAAAGUGUCCAUAUAGCAGAAGCUCUGCUGUAUCUACAAUCAUUUUACUGUGGUUGACUGGAAAUACUUGACAUACAUUUCAAAGGUCUCAACUCUUCCUUUUGGGAACCGAAAGUUCUUUUUAUUUCAGAAAUGAGAUAUCGAGCUGUUCUGUCCAUUGCUGCUGUAAUAGUUGUUGUCCUAAUUACCUGGGGAUUCUCCAUCAAUUCAGUUGAUGUAAAGGAAAAAACAAGGACAAUUUUCAGGUCCAAUAAAGUGAAGCCUAUAUUCACAACAGCUACAGCACCCAAGCCAAAGUGCGGCCUCUCCAGAGUCUGUCCGCCUGACCUUUUCGCUUUUAACAUCGUCAGCGGAGCAGCUAAUGUAGUUGGACCGAAGAUAUGUUUUGAUGGUAAAAUCAUUAUGAGCCAUGCAAAGAAUAAUGUGGGAUCAGGAUUGAAUGUUGUGAUCAUAAAUGGUAAUAAUGGAGAUGUGGAAACAUUUGGCUACCUUAAUAUGCAAUUUGGAGAUGCAGCUGACAUCCUGGCAUAUCUGAAGGACAUAAAACCUGGAAUGAUCGUCUUGGUGGCCUCGUUUGACGAUGUGACGGCAAAAAUGACAGACGAAACGAGGGAGGUGUUUGUUGGAAUGGGAAGCACUUUGAUCACAUCUGUGAAAUACAGAGAUAACUGGGUGUUUGCUGGAAGAGCAGGGAAAGACAACAAAAGCCUCUUUGAGAAGCGAGCUGUCAAUGAUGAGAAAAUCAACGUUUACGGAGAAUGGCCGGAGAUUGUGGAGGUGGCUGGCUGUUACCCAAAGAAUCUUACUGAUGGAAAACUUUCGUGAUGAGGUGGAGAAUAUGACUUAUUUAGAACUUCUCUGUUAUAUUAAUGCCAUUAAAUCCUACACAAUGGAAAUCUAAUAUAUGUUCACAGUUUAUUUAACGCAUUGUGUCAUUCCGUCAUAGUUUUAUUUGUGGCUUUCAUUAGAGUUAGAGUUAAGACGUCUGAGCCAAAUUUGUCAUUAAUGAUUCUGGGUUUUCUAAAUAAAAUUGACUGGACUGUU